AUGUCAUCAUACUAUCAGCCAUGGGGAUAUAUCCCUCCAACUUCCAGCCCCUUGUUACAUCAGCAUGUCAUUCAAUACUGUUUUUCUUCAGGUUACAAUCUCUUAGUCAUCAAAACUGUUGGCCAGGCCAGCACCAGACAUCGCAACUUCAGCCUGCAGGCAAAUGGAAAUUUCAAUCUCCGGACAUCAUACUUGUCUGCUUCCAGACCUGCAAUAGAAGAGGAGGAGCAAGCGCUAUCUCAACAAGCUGUUGGCAUGGACUCAGACCCUUGGAAUGAGACUCAGUUUUGCCAGGCAGUAGAAGAUCCGCAGUCUCAUUUGGAUGGGCCAUCUCAAGUACAGCGCCGGAGAACACCAGGUGAUGAUCCCAUCGCCCUUUGGCUGCCCGAACAUGAAACAUACUUAGAUGAACUCAUUUGUCUUGAAGGAUGUCAAGACUGUUUAUCCCCUCUGCUAUCUUGUCACGCAUGCCUCUUGCAGUCACACCUCAGAAUGUCAUUCCAUAGAAUUGAGGAAUGGCAGGAUGGGUUUUUCCAUGCUUUAACUCUCAAAUCUUUAGGGCUACAUAUUCAGCUCAGUCACAAGGCAGGAGAAACUUGUUGUCAUCCGAGCCCCGCCUUUCAUGACGACUUCAUUGUUAUCGACACUCACGGAAUUCAUGAAGUCGGCCUAUAUUUCUGUGGUUGCGAGCACGAAGCUUCCCAUUAUAAACAGUUGCUUCAGGCGCAUCUUUUCCCUGCAACAGCUACUGAUCCUAGAACCGCCGCAACAUUUGCGGUGUUGAAGUUCUUUCAUCUGCUUUCCUUCGAGUCCAAAGUAUCCGCAUACAAGUUCUAUCAUAGUUUGGCACACCAGAGUGACAAUACCGGAAUCACACCAAUACGGGAUCACUACUCAACAUUUCUUAGGAUUGUGCAUGAGUGGAGAAACCUUCGUUCCUUGAAAUGCGCUGGCCAUGGCCAUGAUCCGGCUGGUGUCAAUGCAACUCAGGAAGGAGAACUCGCUCUUCUGUGCCUGGCAUGCCCACACCCCGGAAAAAUUUACCUGACGGGUGGGAAGCUUCAACUCAACAGAUUGAUGCUAACAUAUUUCAGGUGGAUGUAUAGUGUAUUUCUUGCAAUCAAUGCAAAUUUCCAUCUCAAGCGCCGAGCCAUCUCCUCCGACACCAAAGAUCCAGGUCUUAGUGGUGGCUGGGGCUAUUUCAUCAAUGAGAAGCCUUACAAGGCUUACAUAGGUAAUAGUUCUGCUGUCAUACAGAAGAGGAGCACUUGUGUGAGUCAUAAUGCUGUGAACAUGGCAGAUACAAAAAUAUCGAAGGGACUUGCUGCUACAGGCGUCGGCACUGUUGACUGUGCCUGCCAUGAUAUGAAGUUGGUGAAUGGUGUUGGGGACUUGCAGAAAGGUGAAAGAUAUGUAAAUAUGGAUUACCUUGUGUCUUCAGCUUUGUCGACAUUUUCAAGCCUCAAAGUCAUCAACUUCUCUUAUGAUAUUGCAUGCCAAUGGCACAAGAAACUCUGGGGUCAUGUUCCUUCGCUUCCUCAUCGCCUUCAACCAGAUCCUGUUGGAAAGACUUUCCGGUAUUUUGUACCGAAGUUUCAUCUCGCAGUGCACAUCAAAGCUUGUCAAAUGAUGUUCUCACUUAACUGGUCACCCAGCGUUGGUCGGACAGAUGGAGAAGCCCCUGAGCAUGGCUGGGCAAACAUCAAUUGUGUUGCUAUGAGCACUAAGGAGAUGGGCCCUGGAGCUUGUCGAGACGCACUGGACGACCAUUUCAGAGACUGGAAUUGGAAGAAGAUCACAUCGCUAGUGUUGUUACAGAAGGUCAUCAAAGCCGUCAGAGCCGAGCAAGAGCAUUGUAUUGCACUUUCCGAACUUGAAGACUCUAUCCAAGAGUCUGAACUAGGUACCUCCUCACUUGCAAAAUGGAGAGAAGAGAUAGAGACUUGGGAGGUUGACCACACAAAACCUAAUCCUUUUGAGAGACACAUUGAUACUAUGACACAGGCAGCCGUUUGGCUGGAGCUCGCCAAACAAGAUGCCAAGGAGUUGGAGGAUGGCACUGCUGUGUCUCUUCACUCCGAGGUAUCUUGCAGUAUCCUCAUCAGCACCAGCAUGGAUCUUGAACAUGCCCAACGUCAACUACGUGCAGAUGCAGGAUUACUCAGUCAACAUCCAACUGACACUCAACGGACGAGCAUUUUGACCCGCAGCAAUGCCCUCCUCCGCUGCAUAGACACCUGGACAAUGAUCCAGACUUUGUACAUGCCGUCAGUCGCGAACCUACGCGCCAAUAGGUUGAUUGAUUUGUCGAGUGACAAUGAUGACGACAGUGGCUGUCCCAAGCCAAAUCCCAACUCCGGAAAGGCCGAAGACUCGCAGCUCCUCCUGCCUUCCGAGAUCUGUGAUCACGUACCAUGUGAUCGCAAACUCCUUGAAAUCGAAUGGUCUCUCCGGCUUGCACAAGCUCACGAUGCACUCAAUGAGUGCCGCACUCACAUUCGCCUUCGUCAGCAGCUAGUGCAGUUCAAAAAACAUCACAUACGUGGUCAGAAUCCCAACACUCGUGCAAGGAAUACGCUCGACACUGUGGAACAUCGUCUGGUUAUGAGCCACGCAAAAUACUCAUGUGCACAAAAGACACUUGUUACUCUAUCCAAUCACCUCGACUGUGUCAGGCAAUCACAAGGCAGGACCAUCAUGUCCUGGAUCUGGCUGACACAGGGAAUAUCUAACGACGAUGCUGAGAGUUUGCAAGACAUGCUUCGUGUCGAAUGGUGCAAGGCCAGGGCACAUCAAAACUGUUGGUCCGAGGAAGUGCAAUGGUGGGAGGACCGUAUCAGUUUGCAAACACUGGCUAGGUUGGAGGAGACCAAGGGCUUAAUUGCAUAUGCGAAGCGGCAGGCAUUUAUUCGACGCAGGCUGUCAGCAUCAUUCAGAGAGAAGUGGAAGGAUGUUCCAGCGUUGGUGGCCACUGGGAUGGGUAUCAAUUCGACGGGCAAUGAUGAGGACGAACAUCUGUGCCUUGACAUCCCUCCUCAAGAAGAUUUAGUACACGAUGAUCAUUAUUAA